AUGUGUAUCCACCCUGAUGUGGACAUGCCGAUAGGGUACAAGCCUCCGAAGUUUGAUAUCUUUGAUGGGACAGGUGAUCCCCAUGCACACUUGAGAACCUACCGAAAUAAGCUAGUUGGAGUGGGAAGAAAUGAGAUGUUGAGGAUUAAGCUGUUCAUAAGGAUUUUGACAGGGGUGUCACUUACUUGGUACACUUGCCAAAAUCCCCAAAACUGGAGGGAGUGGCAGGAUAUGGUAGAAGAUUUCAUUAAUCACUUUUGGUUCAGCAAAAAAAUUACCUCUGAUAGGUUAGCUCUAGUAAACUUGCAGAAGAAGUCGUCCAAAUCAUUCCAAGAGUAUGCACGUCGAUGGAGGUCAGAGGCCGCCAGAGCACAACCCCCGUUAGAUGACAGUGAGUUAACUAAGUAUUUCAUCAGGGCUCAGGAAGGGAUCUACUGUGAGAAAAUGAUGGGCAUGAUGGGACAGAAGUUCCCUGAACUUGUUAAAAUGGGAGACUUUUUAGAGGAAGGUAUAAAGUCCGGCAAGGUACAAUCUAUGGCCACAUCGCAAGCAGCUAGCAAAGCAAUCCAAUCCGGUUCAAUAGGCAGUGGAAAAAAUAAAAAGGUAGAGGUAUCAGCAAUCAUUACCUACUACCAGUCCAAUCCAUACCAUGGAAACACCUCUUACACUCCAAACACCCAUUCCUCACACCUACCUACUUAUGCUCCAGUAUACAACACACAACCAUACUACAAUCCCCAACCUCAAUAUAACCCACCACGCGCCCAUACAAAUCCAAACCCACCAUGA